CUGAGUAAUUUCUAAGUAUAUCAGCAUGAUUAAAGCAUAAUUAAGUAUGUGAAGACGUGAUACAUUUAAGCAAUAACUUAGGGAGGUAUGCUUGUAUGAAACAGUGAGCAAGGAGGAGGAACCAUCUUUCUUCACAGUGACACAUCCAGGUCUAAGAGUAUAUAUACACACUCGAAGUCCAGGUCAUGACACUGAAGCUCAGAGAGUGUCCUCCGUGUAACUCAGCUGAUCUCACAUCUCCUGUCACCAUGUCCUACAAAUGCUGUUCUGGAAACUUCUCCUCCCGCUCCCUCGGAGUCCACCUGCGCUACCCAGGCUCCUCCUGUGGCUCCUUCUUCCCCGGCAACCUGGUCUACAGGACUGACCUCUGCUGUCCCAGGAUCUGCCAGCCCACCAGUGUGGUGUUCAAGCCCUGUCAGACGUCCUGCUACCACCCAAAGACCUCCACGCUCUGCAGUCCCUUCCAGAUAACUUAUUCUGGUUCUCUUGGAUGUGGGUCUAUUAGAAGCUGCUCCCUGGGUUAUGGAUCUAGAAGCUGCUACUCUCUGGGCUGUGGAUCCAGAGUCUUCAGACCGCUAGGUUAUGGAAUUUAUGACUUCCCUUCCCUGAGGUGUGGAUCCAGGUUCUACCACCCAACCUACUUGGCUUCUAUGAGCUGCCAGUCUUCUUGCUAUAGGCCAAUCUGUGGAUCAAACUUCUGUAGAUCAACUUGUUGAACUUCCAGAACUUCUGAGCAAAAUGUUUCAGUCUCUACUUAUGGCUAUCACAGGCUCUUUCAGAAAUGUGAGCUAACCCCUCUCACCAUCAGCAUCUCAUCGUUUCUCUAGUGUCAAACACUCACUGACUGACUAAUCCUUUCAGUGAAAUUAAUAACCAAAAUAUUGAGUUCAAGUCUGUAAUUUUGUUGAAACAAUUUAUUCAGAAUUACAUAAACUUUUCUUACAAAAUGCAUGGAAAUCCAGCUUUGCUUCACCUAAUAAACUCAUUCAC